AUGAACAUAAACCCCGAGUCCGCAAAGGAGAUCCCUUGCAAAAACGUGCUCAUAUACGGCUAUUGCAAGUUCGAAAACAAGGGCUGUGUCUUCUCCCACCCAUUGCCGGAGAACGCCCAGUCCCCAGAGUCGACCAACGCAGUUGCCACCCCGACAGACUCGAAGCGGAAAUUCAACAUGAACACCCCCUCGUUCCAGCCUUCGGUUCUGAGCAUGACAAGCAAGUUUGCUGCGUUGUCCCCCAAAGUGAAGGAGAUUCCCAUAUUUGUACCUUCGAGUGCAGAGCCCUCGAGCACUGCGCAUUCCACCGCAAACCACGUCACGGAGCCGCCUUCCGCAGCUCACAACUCUUUUUCUGCACGUAAAUUCAACACCUCCACUCCGUCGUUCACCCCAUCGAACGGCUUUGCAUCACAUUACGGCCAGUUGAGCUCUUCAAACACAACGCUGGCGUUUGUCGCCUCUUCACAAGUAUCACAGCAGGCGGCCCAGCCCAAGCAACAAAACCCGUAUUUGAACGCGCCGGUGCCAACCGUGGCUGCGUCUUCUGCAAACUCCAUCAGUACGUCGGACUACCUCUUCCAUAGCCAGGGAACGCAAUCCUUUCCGUUGAACCAUCAUUUAUACGCCCCAGCCCCACCUCCCAGACUUGUGGCUCCAUUGAAGUCUUACGAGACCAAUGUGAAUUCCAUGUUCAUUCCAAACAACCUCCGAGAAACACUCACGAAGAAAAACGAGGCCACAUUGCAAACAAUGCCUCAACUGUCUCUUCCCGAGCACGUCGGCGUCUACCACUCAUUGGUGCCCAUUGAUGCUUCUUUUGAACAGCCCUCGAAUGUUUACGAUCUUCCGUCAUACAUGUACAAAGUGUUAUCCAAUAGCGAUGGGCUUCCCUAUGCGCUAAGGCGCAUAGAUCAAGGCCACAAGCUUCGGGUCCUCAACGAAAUGCCAUUUGCGAACGUGAAAAAGUGGAAAGCAUUGAAGUCCCCCAAUGUCGCCAGACUCAACGACGCAUUCACUUCUAUUAGCCUCAGCACGAAUGGAGAGCCUUCUUUGUUUUUUGCCUAUGACUAUUACCCGCUCGCAAGCACGCUACAGGAACAUCAUAUCACCAGAAGAUUGGGCGGCAAACUAGAACCCAUCACCGAAGAACUCUUAUGGACAUACCUCGUCCAGCUUACGGGCGCUCUUUUAUGCAUCCACGAAGCUGGCUUACACGCUGGCUCUUCGUUGGCCUUGAGUAAAGUUUUGGUCACCAAUAAGAACAGAGUCAGAUUGAGUGCUGUGGGUGUUGACGACAUACUAGAAUACGAGUCUUUCGAAGAACUAAAACAACAAUUGGGGGAAGAAAACAUGUUACGGAAACUACAACAGGAUGAUGUGGUCUGUUUGGGUAAAUUGAUGACUGACUUAGCCAGCACAGUUUUACCAGCCAGUCUAAGAAGCCUUCCCGUCAACACGUUGUUGGAGCAUUUACAGAAGUCAUCUAUAAUGACUUUGAGCCCUGAGAUGUCAAAUGCUUUGAGUGCACUCCACUGCGCUGACGAAUGGUUUGAUUUGGGCGAAUUUUACGCAACUCACCUUUCCAGAGCAUCAAUCAAAGUUCUUAAUGGGUUUCAAGACCUGUCGGAUUUUUUUGAGGGACAGCUUCUGUCAGAAGUUGAGAAUGGUCGUCUCUUCAGGCUUUUAGCCAAAAUUAAUGUGGUGCUUGAUCGACCGGAAAAUGAAGGCGAUGCAAUUGGAAGCACGUUCGUCAUCAAACUGUUUCGAGAUUAUUUGUUUCACACAGUGGAUGAAAGCGGCAAGCCUGCCGUAGAUUUAUCCAAAAUUCUUGUCAAUUUGAAUAAAUUGGAUGUUGGAGUUGACGAGAAGAUAUUAUUAAUUUCAAGGGAAGAAGAUAGUUGCAUUAUCGUCAGCUACAAGGAGGUAAAGGAUACCCUUGACCUGAAUUUCCGCAGUUUGAUCAGAUGAUGUCGCAUAAUAUUGCACAGUGGAGUGAGUAACCAGACUGGUGACUAAAAUAAAACACCUUUUCCAGAAGUUACGAAUGCGCAGUCAUAGGUGGCAUGAUUGCGGCGACCGGGAUUCGAGAAGCCGCAGUGCCGCAUUUUUCUUCUAUGGGAUGACUGAGGCGGGUGGCGCCAUGGCAACCGCACCCACUUGUUGAUCAUCUGCAGUGGGUGACUUGAUUAGAAUUUUUUUGCAUUAAGCUUAUUCUCAAUAUCAGGGGAGAUAGCAUAUUACUUAAUAACUAGAAAUUUAGAAAAAGAAAAUUAAUAAAAGAAUGAAUAAAAGGAGUC